AUGGCUGUUGAAGCUCGGCAUCUCACUCCUUUUCCUCCGCAGAUUGAUUUCAAUAGAGAAAUGGCAAUGAUUGGUAUUGAAGGGAAUGGGAACAUGUACAGUGUUCCUUUGGGAUACGGCAUGGUGGCUCCGUUAUCUGGAACUACGAAGGCGACGGAGACUGUGCUUCCGAUGUAUGGUUCAAUGAUUAAUGAUUCGGCACCUGUGAAUACUGUUACAAUGACAUCGGACAGUGGUCUCACGUAUGCUGCUCCUAUUUCUAGAAAGCGUUCAAGAGAUGCAAUCAAUCCUCAGAGUCUAGAUUACCGUUGCGGUUCCUUCACUUUUCUUGGGGAAGACAUUUCUUUUCAGAUUCAACAACAGCAAUCAGAAAUCGAUCGAUUUAUUGCUCAACACAUGGAUAAAGUUAGGAUGGAAAUUGAAGAAAGGCGGAAGAGAUAUUCUCAGAGAUUAGCGGCGGCAGUUGAAGAAAACGUAAUGAAAAAACUGAAAUCCAAGGAGGAAGAAGCUGAGAAGAUUGGGAAAUUAAAUUGGGCGUUAGAAGAGCGAGUGAAGUCUCUCUGCGUGGAGAAUCAGAUAUGGCGAGAUUUAGCUCAGACAAAUGAAGCCACAGCGAAGACCUUGAGAUGCCAUCUUGAACAAGUCCUAACUCAAGUCAAGGACGAAAAACAACAGCGCCACUGUUUCGAAGACGCAGACACGGCGUUGAUCGACGACGCACGGUCAUGCUGCGGCAGCAACUUCGACGAAAUAGACCGACGCGAGUGCUCCUCACGUGAAUUUGUCAACAAUUCCAUUGGCGGUGUGAACAACGCUGUAGUGAAUAACAAGAACAGGAUGUGCAGGCGUUGUGGAAAAGAGGAAUCAUGCGUGUUGCUUCUGCCGUGCCGGCAUCUCUGUCUCUGCACUGUUUGCGGAUCGUCCCUCCAUACUUGCCCCAUCUGUAACACCACCAAAAACGCCAGUGUUCACGUUAACCUUUCUUCGUGA